AGAAGAAGAAGAAGAAGAAGAAGAAGAAGAAGAAGAAGAAGAGGAAGAAUGGUCAUGUGAAAACUGUUAAUUUUUUAUGCAUUUAAUGUUACAUUUAUGUCAGCAAAUAUGAGAAUAAACAUACUGAGUGGAAGCAAUGAUGUAUUCAGCUCUGUCUUAUUGGUGGAUGGAGAAAUCUUUUGAACAACCUGAACUCGGUAGGAAUAUAAAGACAAGUCAUGUACACCCUGCAUGUGAAAACAAUGUCUUUGUGUCUGUAUGUGGUUGCUUCAUUUCCUGUUUCUCUAAAGUCAGCAUCAGAAUAACGGCCUCUUCAUGCUGAGUUUGAUUCCGUGGUUUUCAACAGAAACUGAGAAAGAUCUGGAUAAUAACAAACUGAACUUGUUUUUAAUCAAACCUGUAAAGUAGUUGUUUGACAUAAGAAGCAGCAGGAGUGAUAUUAUUGAAAGUUUAUUGAAAGACCAGAAACUUUUUUUUCUUUUUUUUAAAUUUUACAUUCAGCUGCUUGUGAUGAUUUCCUGUGUUAGAUGAAGGUGUGACAUUUUCUCAGGUCUAACUUACUGGACGACAGCAUCACAGCAGCAUGGCGUACACAGCCCUCUGCCUCUUGAUCUGCUGCUUCUCUGCAGCCACUGCUUCCGUGCAGAUGAACGUUGCUCCCGACCGAUCUCAGUUCUUCCGAUAUGACCGCGUCACUCUGAGAUGUGUGGGGACCUCCAGUGGUUGGAUAGUGAAGAGGAACACAGCGCUCCAAACUGCUCAGAAAUGUGAAAAGGGCUGGGCAACCCCACGCGGGUCCUCCUGCAUCAUCGACAAUGCUUACCCAGAGGACACUGGAGUGUACUGGUGUGAAUCUCCAGAAGGAGAGAGCAACACCAUCAACAUCACAGUGACCGCUCAUGGUGUGAUCAUUAAGAGCCCUGUACAUCCUGUGAUUGAGGGAGAUGAUGUUCCACUUCAUUGUUUCUACAAGGAAGAGGAUGAUGAAUAUGCAACAUCAAACUUUUCUGCCAACUUCUACAAAGAUGGUGCUUUUAUUGGGAGAGAAGAAGCAGGGAAGAUGACUCUGAGAGCAGUGUCCAAGUCUAAAGAUGAAGGUUUCUACAAAUGUCAGCAUCCUUCUGGAAGAUAUUCACCACAAACCUGGCUGACAGUGAGGGCCAGACCCCAGCUUGAUCUUUACACCACUCCUCCUCCUCCUCUCAUAUCUUGGACCAGGCUGAUUUGUAGCAUUCUGCUCUUCAUCCUCUACAACAUCAUAUUCAUCUUCUGUAUUUACAGAUACUGCAAGUGGGCAAGAGCCCGAGCUCAGGCUAAGAGGACAUCUUCCAACCAGGGACUGAUGGGAGGAAAACAAUGAUGAAGAGGAGUUGGUGCUGAUAUUAAAUAAGCUUGUUCAUAAAAAAAUGGAACUAAGGCAUUAUCAUUUCAAUUUCUAAACUACUUAUCGAUUAUUAACAUAUUUAUACAGUAUUUGUGAAUUAACAUGUUUCUAAGUGGUGUUUAUGGUCCAUUUAAUAUUUAGCCUGCAUACAGUGAAAUAUUAAAAUCUCGCCGCAGCUGAUGAGCUUUAUUUUAUACAGAAGCCAACAGCAGCUGGGCUCACAUAUUUUAACACCUUUUUCUCCGGAUUACAGGAAAAUUUAUCUCGUUAUCUCAAGAAAACAAACUGUUUUCUCAAGAUAACAAAUUAUUCAAAUGCAGAGAUGUGAGGGUGCUGGAGCUGCUCCUGGUCCAUCACAGAAGCAAGAGACCAUUUCAGUCAGACUCAUAGUCAUUCCCAGCGAGAAGUUAGAGACUCAAAUAAACCUAACAUGACUUUGGACUGUGGGAGGAAGCUGGGAGAGAAUCCAUUCAUCCACAGGAAAAACAUGCAAACUUUACAAAGCCUUCCUCCAGAAACCUACUUUACUGUUAAUAUAAAAUAAUUAUAAAAAUAAUAUAUAUUAAGUAUGUACAUUAAUAAAUUAUAUAUGAUUUUAUUGAGUGUGCUUGUGCCCUAGAAUCACGAACCUCCUCUAAGAGCUCCGUCACACUUUGGAUGCAGCAGUUUGGCUCUGAGGGCUGUCAGUUUUCACGGGGGGGGGGCUGAUCCAAGGGGCACACCAGUACAGAGCUGUUCGGUACUGGGAUGCCUCAAUACAGCAACGGACUUAAGCUGAUGUCCGAUUGAGCAACAUCCAUCACUACAUGAUCAAUACGUCCGAUUAUACUUUUAUCAAAUCUGAAAUUUGGCUUCCUUCCACCGUCCAGAGACAUGCAUGUUAGGUUAAUUGAUGACUCUAAAUUCUUCCUAGGAGUGAUUGUGAGUGUGAGUGGUUGUUUUGUCCCCUAUGUGUUGGCCCUGCGAUGGACUGGUGACCUGUCCAGGGUGUAUCCUGUCUCUCCCCUGUUAAUGCUGGGAUAGGCUCCAGCUGACCCGCGACCCUUAAUGGACCAAACUUUUAAAAAAAAGGUUUUUCUACCUGUAUUUUAACCUACUUAUAACUUGCAUCAGCAAGAAAUACAAAACAAGAUGCAUUUAAUUAACUCAUCAUUCAUUUAUACAAUUCAUUUAUAGAUUGACUUUUUAAUGGUUAUAUAAUUUAUUUUUCCAGUUAUUUAAUGCUUUGUUGC